AUGCGAGUUUGUCACAACCUACGAAACGAAGAUAAAUGCAAGAGUGAAGCGCUGGGUGUCCAAGAAUUGGAGAAAGCCAAAUUGUAUUGGAUCAAGUGGGCACAACGAGAUCGGUUUCCAGCUGAGGUCGAAGCACUGUCGAAAGGUCGCCCGGUUUCUCGAGACAGUCGAAUUGCCAGUCUUGACCCGCAGCUAGUUGAUGGAAUACUACGUGUCGGUGGACGAAUUGACAAGACUGAACUGCCGUGGGAUGCAAAACACCCGAUUAUACUAGACCACGCGCAUGACAUUACCCGUCUGAUCGAUUAUCAUCGCAAGUUGAUCCAUGCUGGAGUUGAACAUGUAUUCAAUCACAUCCGAGAAAGGUAUUGGAUUCUACGCGGUCGUGCGGAAGUCAAGAAUUGCACGCUCAAGUGUCCGCUCUGCCACCGGCGUCGCGUCCGUCCGAUGACCCAGAAAAUGAAUGAUCUACCUGACAUACGUCUUAGUGUUCCAUUCCAGCACGUGGGUUUGGAUUACGCGGGGCCAUUUUCCGUCCGUAAUCGAGUCGAGAAGCGGUACAUCUGUUUGUUCCCCCGUCUUCAUAUGCGUGCUGUGCAUCUUGAAGUAGCCCAUAGCCUGGAGGCGGAUUCGUUUAUCAUGGCGCUUCGACGUUUUCAAGCUCGCCGAGGAAAUCCAGUGCGUAUCCUGAGCGACAACGGGACGAAUUUUGUCGGCGCGGAGCGUGAGUUACGGGAAGCGUUGAAUGAGCUUGAUCCUAAACGUGUUGCUGAUGAACUCAGUGCUCGGGGAGUAGAAUGGAAGUUCAACCCGCCAGCUGCCCCAUGGUUCGGUGGAGCAUGGGAGUCUCUGGUAAAGUCUACAAAACGUGCAAUGAAGGCAAUCAUGGGUAACGUCCUCACGGUUGAUGAAGUCUUUCUCACAGUAAUCGCUGAAGUAGAGUCUCUCCUGAAUUCUCGCCCACUCGUGUAUGGUGGGAGUAGCAGUUCACCCACGGAUACCAGUGUCCUAACCCCCAAUCACUUCCUUCAUGGGCGGGCAAGUUCAAAUCUUACGCCAGGAGAAUUUGUCAAGCAAGAUAUGUCGUUACGGCGUCGAUGGCGUCACAGUCAGUUUUUGGCGAAUCAGUUCUGGAAGAGAUGGAGGAAAGAGUAUGUACCGCAUCUGAUUGAACGCAGCAAGUGGCGUACGAUACAAAGAAAUCUUCGUCGAGGGGACCUCGUGCUUAUCGUGGAAGACAAUGUUCCAAGAGGUCAAUGGCGUCUUGGUCGAGUCAUGGCACCGAUUGCCAGUGCAGACGGACUCGUGAGGUCAGCCGAAGUCGUGACAAAAACUGGGACUUAUACCCGUCCGGUGGGCAAGUUGGCGUUGCUAGAAGCGCACCAUGAGGAAGAGUGA